GUCAAGUCUACCGAGGACUGUUGCGCCGAACCCAGCGCUGAACUGCCCCGGCUGCCCGCUAGGGAUGCUCCCGCCGCCGCCGCCUAUCCCGGAGGCGACUUCUUGAGCUGGGCUUUGAGCAGCUGCGGCGCCGGGGGGGACUUAACUGACUCCUGCUUCCUGGAGGGGCCCGCGCCCACCCCCCCUCCCGGCCUCAGCUACAGCGGUAGCUUCUUCAUCCAGGCAGUUCCCGAACAUCCGCACGACCCGGAGGCACUCUUCAACCUCAUGUCGGGCAUCUUGGGCCUGGCACCCUUCCCCGGGCCUGAGGCGGCAGCAUCCCGGUCCCCGCUGGAUGCCCCUUUCCCCGCGGGGCCCGACGCCUUGCUGCCAGGUCCGCCAGACCUUUACUCCCCGGAUGUGGGCGCUGCCGCCUUCCCAGAGGCGUUCUGGGAGGCCUCCCCUUCCGCGGGCGCCCCCUCGCAGUGCCUCUACGAGCCUCAGCUCUCCCCACCCGACGUCAAGCCGGGCCUCCGGGCGCCUCCGGCGUCUCCAGCGCUGGACGCUGCCUCUGUCCUCAAGGGUCCCUACGCACCCUGGGAGCUGCUUUCGGUUGGGGCCCCAGGGAACUGUGGGUCACAGGGAGGCUACCAGGCUGCCCCCGAGGCUCGUUUCCCCUCGAUAGGGACCAAGAUCGAGGACCUGCUGUCCAUCAGCUGCCUUGCGGAGCUGCCGGCCGUCCCAGCCAACAGACUCUACCCUACCGGGGCCUACGACGCUUUCCCGCUGGCCCCGGGUGACUUAGGGGAGGGGGCCGAGGGCCUCCCAGGGCUCCUGACCCCUCCUAGUGGGGAGGGAGGGAGCAGCGGCGACGGCGGAGAGUUUCUGGCCGGGACGCAGUCUCAGCUCUCCCCGCUGGGCCUUCGCCACGCCGCCCCGGCGGACUUCCCGAAACCUCUGGCGGCGGACAUCCCUGGAAGCGGCGGCGUGGCUGUGCCACCCGUGCCCCCGCCGGCCGCCCCCUUCCCCCCGGCCAAGGCGCGGCGCAAGGGGCGCCGGGGCGGCAAGUGCAGCGCGCGCUGCUUCUGCCCUCGGCCGCACGCCAAGGCCUUCGCUUGCCCGGUGGAGAGCUGCGUGCGGAGCUUUGCACGCUCCGACGAGCUCAACCGCCACCUGCGCAUCCACACGGGCCACAAGCCCUUCCAGUGCCGCAUCUGCCUCCGCAACUUCAGCCGCAGCGACCACCUCACCACGCACGUGCGCACCCACACGGGCGAGAAGCCCUUUGCCUGCGACGUGUGCGGCCGCCGCUUCGCGCGCAGCGACGAGAAGAAGAGGCACAGCAAGGUGCACCUCAAGCAGAAGGCGCGCGCCGAGGAGCGGCUCAAGGGCCUCGGCUUUUACUCGCUGGGCCUCUCCUUCGCCGCCCUCUGAGCAAGAGAUGGGCUUCUGGGUUGGGGCGCCGCCGCCUGGCGCGCCCAAGUCGCGGCCCGUUUCCCUCCCGCUCUCCUCCCAACUCUUCCUCGCACGCCCGGGGGCCGGCCUCCGGUCCCGCUUCCAGUCCCGCGAAGCGCCCGCCGCACACGCCCGUUCAGCACCAGCUCCGCGGACAGCUCCCGCGGUCCGGACGCCGUCUCCCUCUUCACACGCGCUUUGGGGAAAGUCCUCUCAGACCAUCCUCUGAGUAGGCGCUUCCUUGGGACUCAAGACUGUCUUUUGUAACUGGCGCACGCCCCACGCCCUCCUCCAUACCCCCCAGAGACAGGCUGGGGCAGCGCCGAGCCGGUCUCGCGCGGGACUUUGUACAGCAAUGUCGUUUCCAGCAGCCAUUGGAUGUACCGUUUUGCUUUGGGGAUUUUUCCUUUUUGUUGUUGUUAAUUUUUGUAAAGCAGACGCUACUCUCAAACAGUUGACAAAACUGUUUAUUUUUGCAAUUAAAAUUAUUGUGCUAAAAGCUUA